GAAAUAAUCAUGCGGAACAGAUCAGAAAUCAUAAACUUAUAAAUAUUUCAUAAGUCGGGCACAUUGUUUCGGCUAGUGCGUAGGAGACUGUUCGCGCGUAACGGGUUAGUGGUUCAGUUCACGAACGUAAGACCAAUUUAGUAAACACGGAGUGCGCAUCGCAAAGAAAGGCAAACUUCAGUCAAAUUAGAGGACAUUUCGUGGGUAAUAAUUUAGCCUAAUAAGUUCUGUCCCUCCUGCCUUUGCAGCCACCCCCGAAAAAAGCGAAGCCUAUUUACGACUGUUCGAUGAAGAGGAACGCACAUUUACCUUGCAGAAAAACAUAAUAAGGGCGAAAAACUCUUAAGACGAGUUGAAGUGAGGGAAUGGAUGGCAACGACCCAGUGGCAGUCAACAACAAAGAUGGCGGAUCUAUAGUAAAGGAUCCGCUGACCACUUACAGACAGGAUGGUGCUAUGGCGUGGGUCAUUUGUCUGCUCGCGACGUUAGCGAAUUUGCUGAUUUGGGGUUGCAUACUUACGUUUGGUAUUCUCUUUCCUGUACUUCUGGAUGAAUUCGGAUAUGGGAAGGGUACCACAGCUUGGGUCGGAUCCUUAGCACUUGCCCUCUCAAUCGGCCUCGGCCCAGUCUUCGCGAAGCUCAUCAACAGCUUCGGCGCCCGCACAGUCACCAUCUGCGCCAGCGUUGUAUCAGCGGUCGGUCUCUUCGUGACGUCACAAGUUAACAGCCUCCCUUUGAUGUAUCUUACCUACAGCAUUCCAUGCGGCCUUGGUACCUGUGGCGUGUUUCUCUCCAGCUUCGAUAUUAUUGCCAAGUACUUCAGCAAGAGACUUUCACUUGCAACCGCGAUAGCUCAUUCUGGGUCAGUGGUUUCACUCUUAGUAAUGAGCCCUUUAAUUGAAGCCUCGCUUUCAAGUUUGGGAUGGCGGUACACUUUCAUGGUCUUGGGUGGAAUGUCAUUGGCCAUUCCUAUAUUUGGUGCGUUUUACUUUUCUAACGACAACAAAGAGGGCAACAGUACUAGUUCCCAGGCUCCCAGUAAGGAGGAGGAUGCUGGAGCCGAGAACAAACUUCCAAAUAAUGACGUCACAACCAAGUGCAAUAACAAGAGCCAUGAAGACGAGGAUUCUUGGACUGACCUUCUUCGUAACAGAAAACUACUAGCCUGCUGUGCAACUGGUUUUGUUAUGGAUUUUGGCGGGACAAUCCCACUACUACAUUUGGGUCGUUACUCACAGGACGUUGGUAUUCCUUCGCACCGGUCUGCUCUCCUUUAUGUCGACUUCGGGGUCGGCUCAACAGUUGGACGUGUUCUGAUUGGUCGGCUUUGUGACCUCCCCUGCGUAAGCCCGCUGUACAUGUACUUUCUCUCGACGAUGGUCGCUGGUGUUUCGACACUUCUCGUCCCGCAGCUCGAUUCAUUUGCGGGACUCAUAGGGUACUUUACCGUAAAUGGUUUUGCAAAUGGCGGCUACGCAACAGCAGUCUUCAUGAUCGUCUAUCAGAUGACUAUUCCGCGCAUGCGUACUAAAGCUUUGGGGCUGUACUUCUUUGUGGUGUCUCUUGCGUUUGCGUCUGGCUCGCCGUUUGGGGGGUUCCUUGCAGACAGUUUGGGGUCGUACAUCGUAGUGUUCUACGUGUCUGGGGGCCUGGUGGUUUUUAGCUCCUUUGCCAUGCUGUCAAUCAAAUUAUUUAUUUAUUAUUAUUUAUUAUUUUAUUUUUUACAUUCACGGUGAUGACGGCCGUGGGAACUCAGCAAAUUGUAACCACGCAUGGCAAAACGUGUGAUACUGCUGUACAGAUGGAAAAAAUAGACGUAAAAGAAGAAGAUUCCCUGGAAAACCAGCGACAGCUGAUCAAGCUAACGCUGUAACAAAUGUGUUCUAGGAUUCGAUGGAUAGCCUGAUUCGAUUUACACAUCUUCGUCUUUGUUUAAUAUAAAUCAUAAUUAUACUGGUCGUGUGCAAUGCCUGUUGCAUGUUUAUUAAUUUGCAAAAUUAGAAAUAACCUACUGCCACGCACCGAAAACUGGCGUUUGAAAUCCUCUCUUUGGCUCUUUAAUUCUUAUUAACUAUUUACGUCGGGAUUUAUCGAUCGUGAUGAAAAUCGCUCGGCGAAUUCGCCAUUUUGUUGUAGAUGUCCCAGGAUGCUAUUUGGCCGCUGUUUUCCGUAGACAAUUCGGGAUAGAUUGAAUUUUUUGUACAGUCUUGAUGCCCUAUUUAAAAUCAUCGGAUAUUGUUACGUAAUCGACCGGAAUUAAACUGGUGACAAUGCGGUUUAAGAGAGAAUUUAUCGCGCGUUCUCGUCCUCGAAUGUUUCUUUUUUUAUUGUUUUACUUUUCUUUAAACGAAAAGCAUUUCCUAAUGAAAUGUCCAGCACCGCAUAUACAACCGAGAGAAAAGAGCUCUAUUUUUUUUAAAGGCAGACAUAAACAUUAAUUCAAUCUCUCGACUUUGAACUAUUUCAAAGUUAAAUAUUUUAUGCAAUAGACAAAAACUGAAAUGAUUUGCCCCAUGUUAUAAAGCACAAGGUUAAAUAUUUUAUGCAAUAGACAAAAACUGAAAUAAUGUGCGCAUUCGGCAAAUCGCGAGAUUUUUUAAGACACAAAGUACCAUGUUAUGAAAGACAAAAACUGAAAUAAAUUGGGCAUUCGGUAAAUCGUGAUAUUUUUUAAGACACAAAGUCCCAUGUUAUGAAGCACAAAGUUAAAUAUUUUAUGCAAUAGCAAAUAGUGCUAUGUUAUAAGCACAAAGUUGAAUGUCGUAAACAAUAUACUGAAAUGUUUUAAGCAAAGGGCAAAAUAAUGAGUGUUUUAAGACAUAAAGUGCAAUGUUUUGUGACACAAAGUGCGAAAUCGUGAACUAAAACUGCAAGCGAUAAUCAAAUAGUGCUUUGUCGUGACACUCAAAGUGAGUUGUCGUAACGCAAAUAUUCAAAGCCGUGACCGUGAUAUUUUGUUAACGAAAACCUUGAGUGACCCUCGUGGGCUUCCGGUCUGUCUGAGGUGUGGGGUCAACAUGACCUGUUUAGCCCUGCUCAGUUCGGUAAAUCAAUCUUUUACAACGUUGUUUUUUUUUUCCUUUGUGUGAUAUCCGGGCUCGCCACAGCUGGUCUUAGAGCUCGCGUCAUGCUUUAUAACUUAACCUUUUGCCAACAGAAUCCUUUUGCUGUCUAGCUGUAAGUCGAACAGAAAAGGCCGUCUUGUCAUUCGAGGAAUAAGGUAAGCAAUAACGGAAAGCUUCGCGCGAUAUGAUUCAAACUUGAACUAUUGCUCACAUAGCAUACCUUUCGCAGGCUGUGUCAACACGUAUUCGGAGGUUUUUGAAAACGAAGUUUUUUUCCUCCUUAUCCAAAAGGAUACGCGUUCACACUAAAGCGUAUUCAAAUAGUAUUUGCCGUGCACACGAAAACGCUGGGUCUAAA